ACUGAGCUAUAGCGCCGGGCCUUUUCCGGGAAAUAAGAGUUUCGGUCAUGGCGACAGCGUGUGUAUGUCAGCCUCAGUUCGGAGGUUUCAGUUUCGAAAACUGUAAGAGGAAUGCUCAACUAGAAAGUAAUGCUGCUAAACUUGGAAGCAGCCUCCCCGCUGCACGCAAAACUGGCACAACUAUCUGUGGGGUUGUGUAUAAGGAUGGCGUGGUUCUGGGAGCUGAUACAAGAGCAACUGAAGGAAUGGUUGUAGCAGAUAAGAACUGCUCUAAGAUCCACUACAUCUCUCCUAACAUCUACUGUUGCGGAGCUGGUACAGCAGCAGACACUGAGAUGACUACUCAGCUAAUCUCCUCAAAUCUGGAGCUGCAUUCUCUCUCCACCAACCGCCUUCCAAGAGUUGCCACAGCCAAUCGCAUGCUCAAACAGAUGCUCUUCAGAUACCAGGGCUAUAUUGGAGCAGCGCUGGUGUUGGGUGGGGUUGACUGCAAUGGUCCCCACCUGUACAGCAUCUACCCUCAUGGCUCAACAGACAAGCUACCCUAUGUUACCAUGGGCUCUGGAUCUCUAGCUGCUAUGGCUGUGUUUGAAGAUCGAUACAAGCCUGAUAUGGAGGAGGAAGAGGCAAAGCUCCUGGUGCGUGAUGCAAUAGCAGCUGGUAUAUUCAACGAUCUGGGCUCAGGUAGUAACAUUGACUUGUGUGUGAUCACCAAAGGCAAGGUGGAUUACCUGAGACCACAUGAUGAAGCCAAUAAGAAGGGCAUCAGAGCUGGUGACUAUAAAUACAAGCAAGGCACUACAAGUGUUCUGACAAAGUCAGUGACCCCAGUCCAGAUGGAGGUCGUGGAAGAGAGUGUGCAGACCAUGGACACCUCCUGAAGACAUUUUUCUUUUAUCUCUUAUGUGGCAAUGUUACUCCACUGUUUACAAUAAAAUGUGUUGUGAAAA